ACCUCUGGCUUGACUAUCAGCAGGCUCCUACAGCAGGAUCAGAUUGCAUUUCUCUACUUGUAACUCCACCCUCCAAGUACAAGCUUCAACAAAAAUGAAAGAAGAGAAUCAAGCACAACACUGUUUUUAACUCUUCUUCAAGAACUGGAAUUUGUUGCUAUUAUCUGAAGAUGUUUUAAGAAUGUGGUUGCCUACAAAAGGAAAUAUGAAUGAAAUGAAGAGGGGCUGUGUCUUAGUUCCUACUUUAUUCCUGUUGCUCAGCUGUAUCCCUUGGCAAGUGACUGCAGAUCCAGAGGACAGAGAGGAUGAGGACAUUCCAGUUGCUGUAUCAUCACCACUGAAACUAGGACAUUCAUUUUGUGCAAUGAAGCUAGAUGAAGGCCCAUGCAAAGCAAUACUUGUGCGGUAUUACUUCAACAUUCAAAAUCGCAAGUGUGAAACUUUUGAAUAUGGUGGAUGCAAAGGCAAUGAAAACAACUUUCUAACAUUAGAAGAAUGCGAGGAGAAGUGUAUGGUUACAGAUCACCCAAUGAAGACAAAGAAAGGAAAAUUUAAGACAGAAAAACCCAAGUCCUGUUUCUUGGAGCAAGAUGCUGGAAUCUGCCGAGGGUAUAUUCCCAGGUUUUUCUAUAACAAAGAUUCAAGACUAUGUGAAAAAUUCUGGUAUGGUGGGUGCCUAGGAAAUCAGAACAACUUUUGGUCCUUAGAAGAUUGCCAGAGGACCUGCCAGGACAGCUUUAUUUCAUUGCAAGAUGACCAGGACAUAGCACUUCCCAGAAAGUCCCCAGAGUUAAAGCCCAAUCAUUUUCCAAGUUCUCCUGAACAAUCAUCCCUCCUUCCUUUCUGUACGAGUCCUAUGGACAGAGGCCUUUGCAGAGCCAAUGAGCUAAGAUUUUUCUUUAAUCCCUUAACUGGAAAAUGCCAUCCAUUUGGCUACAGUGGAUGUGGUGGGAAUGAAAAUAACUUUGUCUCCAGAAAGUCUUGUAUGAGGACCUGUGUGACAGGUUUCAACAAAAAGCAAGGAAAAAGAGGCAUAAUAAAAAUCAAGAGGAAAAGAAAGAAACAACCAGAGAAGGUGGUGAGAGAUGAAAUUAUCAUUGAAAGGAUAUAAUCUGCACUCUCUCAGAAAAAUAUGAAGUAUUCCACAUUUCACCUGUGAAUUAAAAACUUGACUAUAUGUCAUUUUAAAAUGUU